UGAGGACUCGAACAACUGCGAAAUCAAGGAGAAGGACAGCGCCCCGAGAAUAACCGCUCCUCCGCUACAGAGCCGGGGCUCGUCGGGAAUGGGACUCCGCUCACACACGCCGGCUCGUUGGACAUUAAAUCAGAGGACAUGUCCUUCAGUUUGUUAAAGCCACAGUGCUGCACACAACUCUCCAAGCAUGCAGUGAUAGGAUUUCUCCAAGCAGCAGCCCCAUUUCAUCCAAGAGAAACGUGCCUUGUAAGGAAGCAGGAUGUUCACAGGCUCCACCAAACUGCCACCCACUAAAACCCCCCAACCUGAGCGGCUCGAUGAAGUGUACGCCGCCUUACGCAGAGGCUUACAGUCGUACUUGCAGGUCCACCAGCUGGAGCUGGACAGCCUGGGUCAGCAGACCAGAGAAAACAAGCGGAACGGUCGUCUGGGGUCUUUGUAUGAGUUGGAUAAGCAAGUGAAAGCCAUUGAGAGGUUCAUGCGCCGCUUGGAAUUUCACCUGAGCAAGGUUGAGGAACUGUAUGAUGCUUAUUGCAUACAGCGGCGACUGCGUGAUGGAGCAAGUAAGAUGGUGGCAGCGUUUAACUCUGCCACCGGCAGCAAAGAGGCCCGAGAGAGUCUGAGUGAAGCAAACAAGGGUUACAGAGAAUGCACGGAGCACAUGUGCUCUCUUGAGAGUGAGUUGGAAAGCCAGAUGGGAGAAUUUCAUGUCAAGAUGAAGGGCCUCGCUGGAUUUGCACGGCUGUGCGCUGGUGACCAGUAUGAGGUCCUGAUGCGCUACGGACGGCAGCGCUGGAGGCUACGAGGCCGCGUGGAAGUCAGCAACAAGCAGAUAUGGGAUAGCGAGGAGUAUAUUUUUCUUCCACUCGUCACGGAACUGCUGUCAAUCAAGGUGACGGAGCUGAAGAGCCUGGCCAAUCACGUGGUGGUGGGUAGUGUGUCCUGUGAAAUGCUCGACCUGUUCUGCCCGCUGCCCCAGACACUCGCCGUGGACAUCAACGACCUGGGGACAGUGAAACUGAACCUGGAGGUCACCUGGAGUCCAUUUGAUAAAGAUGACCAGACCUGUUCCUCUAGUACGGUUUCCAAGCGGCUGCUGUCCAAUCAGAGCCCUCCUGACACGCCGUCUAUGCGAGAGCAAGUUUUCUAUUCCCUGCUGAAGCGUCAGGGGGAAAUGGAAAACGGCACGGUGUGGUCCAACUCCUCUGAGUCGUCCGAUGACUCCUCCAGUCCCGCGAUGGCUCAUCAUACUCAGAGGCUGACGGCGUCCAAUGUGCUGCAAACCACCGUCGCCACUCAGCUGUCACUCACGCCACACAAGUCGAGUGCGUCAACGCCGUCACUCUCCUCCAAUCAAGAGGAGGAUGAGACAGAAGGCGGGGAUAUUUUCCCUCAGACAGACGCAGUGCUCAACGGUCAUCAGCGGACUUCCUGCGCUCACAGCCUCGCUGGAGAGAGCGGCUCAGACUGUGGUUUGACUGACAGGGCAUCUGUCCAAUCAGAGGACUUUUCUGAAACCUCAGCAGAGCUGAGCUGUUCUUGCCCCAAUGAAUCCUCCGUACCCACAGUGUCUUUGGAGACUGCAGGUGUUUCAGUUACAGACGCAAUCGAUAAUCCUUGUGAGGACUCGUCAGAAUGUGCUGAUCAGACUGGUGCAAAAACGGAGGACGCCACGGCCGAAGCUGCAGAGGGACACCAAGUAGAACAAAGUCAACCCCAUCUGCCGGUCCAGAAGUUAAAACAAGCGGGGAACGCACCGCCGGUUCCUUUUCCUACUUCUGCCAGUUUCACUCAGGAAGUUGAGACUGCCCUUGAAAGUUUUGACUUUCUCAAUUACUCCGAUCUUGAUGAAGUUGAAGAGGAGGAACAAGAGCUGGAAGAAGAAAAAGAAAAGCAGUAUGAGAAACAUGAAGAGGACCAACCUAAAACAGAACAGGAGAAAACAGAAGAAGAAAAGAAUGUGGAGAACCUGUAUCCUGGAAGCAGUGAUGAAGACGAGGGAGAUGCUCUAGACAUCCUCAUGGAAGCUCCAGAAGGAUUUAGAAACUCAGAUGAAGACUGUUGUUCUGACUCGCAGGAGUCGAGUGUGGAUGAUGUGCCAGAUUUGGGUCAGGUGAUAAUUCCUGAGGAAAAAGAGGAGGCCAUUGAGGAAAAGGGAGAUGCACAACAUGAAGAGGAAACUUAACUUGAUCAGCAGGAGCUUCCCCUCCCAGUUAGUCGGCCUCUACUGUCUUCUAAUAUCUGAGUGGAACCGCACUUAAUCUAUUUGUCCCCUUGGACAAACUGGUGCCAUCUUUCGAACACUGCAGAAAUGGAGGCCUUGAGGAAACGUCAUCGCUCAGACAAACAAACUCCUCCAUCACGGCGGAGUUUGUGCUAAUUUUUGCCUUGUUUACCACAAAUGAUUAGCCUGGAAGUUCCUGCGCCCGUCUGACAAUACACAAACACCUCCAUCGGUAAUAAUUCUUCUGACACACACUCCGUUAAGUUGCCUGUGUUAAAAUGGGACACCACCUCCGUUUACACUCUCAUAAACUGCUCCUGCCAUGUGAAAAUUACAGUGCCCUAAAACAUUUCAGGAACAGAUCAGAGGCCUUGUGUCUGGAUUAGUGCAUUUUUCAAAAUUAUGGUUUUAUAAAUUUUAGUCUUUUUUUUUUUCUUUCAAAACUCAGCUGUAUUAGGUUUUUUUUGUCUUUUUUGAACAACCAGUGUUUUGUGGAUAUGAAAACCUACUGAGAUUGUGAUUUUCAGUGUUAAAUCAGUCCACAGCCCAAAGCUCUUUCGUUGUCAGAGGAAAGACUUUGAGCAUGUGAUGUUUAUCUGCACACAAGAAGUCAUUUUCAAACCAGGAAUGUACCCUGAAAACAAAGAGGAUCUUUUCCUUUAAGACCCUUUUCAUUUUGGCUGAAUGGACACUUGUGUAAGAAACCAAGACAAACUCUUGAACAGUGGUGCAAAACUCACCAUGUGCAGUUUCUACAAAUAUGAAACCCAUUUCCAGUGUGGGAUUUUAUUCAAACCUGCAUGUGUUGCUGCCUCACGCUGCCAAAACUGUCUGUACAAAAAUAAAAGCUCAAAAGAUCAGAUUUAGCGUGUAAGCUAGGUUCUCCAAGAAAGCCACUUGUUCUGUAACUGUGUAAAAAGAAAAAAAAAUCCUGCCUCGCAGGGGCACCGUCGUCUUUCAUUGUUGUGCUUUUACAUAUUUUUUUAUUUUUAUUUUUUUUUCAAAAGCCUCGUUAUUCAGAAAGUGCCUCAAGUGACAUGAUGUGGCUUUAACGCCACGACAGGGGAGGUCUGGCAGACGGUAACAGUGUUUAUUUUCUGAAUCACCCUAAGAGUGUGCACAAUAAGAGAUAUUUACUGUUUCAUAUAAAAAAAUGGUAUGUGUCUUGAAAUGUUAAAAUGUUUAUGUUCAGAAAUGUCUAAACUUUAUAAAGUUUUCUUUAAAAUUAA